ACGAUUUCGUUGGAAUGCACAAAAAAGUAUAAAAAACCGACAAACUUAAAUGCCACAUUAGUAUUGUUCCAAACUUUAUAAAGAACAUAUCCUGGUAAUAAAUCAAAUUAAGGAUGAAUAAAUUAGUGCUUUUCACUAUUUUAAAUAUAGUUGCCAUCACAGCGCAGGAUUUCUACGACCAGACCCACGUUUACAUGCGUUUCAAAGAUUGUUUAAUGUCCUCCGAAGCCGAUCCCUUAGCUGUUCGUUAUCUCAGAGGUGGAAAUUUCGUCGAUGAUCCGAAACUAAACGAUUUCGUGUUUUGCUUCCUGCAAAGCGUUGGGUUAAUGGAUAUUAAUGGAAACAUCCAAGUGGGAACGUUCAAAAAAUAUUUGAGACAGGAUUUUGGUGAAGACGAUAUUGAGAACAUCAUUGCAAAGUGUGAAUCGGUUGUAGGAAAAAACCUUCCUGACAAGGCGAUGAAAGUGUUUAAAUGUUAUUAUAACAGCCCAUUCCGAUUUGUAUUUCUUUGGUGAAUUGAUUUUUUUAAUGUUCUAUUUAAUAAGUUUAUUAUACAUUUUU